UACCCUUUUGUAAUAACAAAGGAAAGUCUUGGACUUCCCCAAAACAUUUUCCUAGGCUUGGCUUCUUCGCGGAACAGCUGAGUGAACUUCCCGCGUGUGAAGAUUAGAAAGCAUAUCCAUGGCUAGCAGUGCAUCUUCAGCGUCACACCACGCUCCCAAAAUUCUCUUAGCCAAGCCUGGGCUCAUUACUUCAGGCAAAUUCAAUCGCGGCGGCGCUGAUGAUGACCCCACCGCGCAUCGGUCUCGUAUUCCGCCAAUCGGUUCUCUCAACCUCGUUUCCGACUCCUGGGAGUUCAACGCUGAUCGAUUCCUCCCAUUUCUAACUGAUAAUACAGAUUUUACUGUGGUGGGGGUGAUUGGCCCGCCAGGGGUGGGAAAGUCGACCAUAAUGAAUGAAAUUUAUGGAUUGGAUUCUAACUCUGCUGGAAUCCUCCCUCUGUUUGCAAUACAAUCAGAAGAAACAAGAGCAAUGGCUAAGCAUUGCACUGCUGGAAUUGAAGCUCGGGUUUCAUCUGAGCGGAUUAUUCUCCUUGAUGCUCAGCCUGUUUAUAGUCCAUCACUUUUAGCUGACAUAAUAAGGCCAGAUGGCUCGUCCACCAUCUCUGUGAUAGCUGGUGAAUCCCUUUCUGCUGAGCUGGCUCAUGAACUUAUGAGUAUCCAGGGAUUUCUAUAGCUUGGUGUGUAUCUUUCAUCCAUUUGUCACAUUAUCAUUGUGGUAUCAGAAGGUGUUCACAAUUUGAGCAUGUGGCAGUUAAUGUCCACGGUGGACUUGCUAAAACAUGGCAUACCAGACCCAUCAUCUCUAUCACUCUCCCAUCCUCAAAGCUCUAGUUUUCUCUCAGAAAAAGAAAUCAAAGAUAAAACUGGAGAAGCGGGUGAUGAAUACAUGGCCACUCCAGUAUUUGUCCAUACAAAGUUACGUAAGGAGGAUCUUACUCCCCAUACUCUGUCUCAGUUGAGGAAAGCAUUGCCACAGUUUUUCAGUGGUUCUUCCUUUAUGAAGUCAAAAGACACUAAUAUUUCUCUGCAUGUCAACUCCCAAAGUAGCAAUAUGGACUCUCAGUUGCUGAAAGUAUUCCUCCUUCCAUCAAAGCACAAAGACAAUGCCUUAAAAGCCCAGUAUGAAAGCUAUGCAUCAGCCUUGUGGAAACUUCGAGAUCAGGUUUUGUCCAUGAAUGGUCCAUCAUUCUCAAGGACUGUGUCUGAACGUGACUGGCUGAAAAACUCUGCUAAGAUAUGGGAUCUUGUUAAAUCAUCCUCUAUUAUUUUAGACUAUUGUAAAACCCUCCAAAAUUCAGGCAUGUUCAGGAGGUAGUCAUUUGUCUGUUAUUUCAUUCUAAUUUGAGCUAAACGGAGAUAUCAUGCGGACUGAAGGAAACUGGGGAAUGCUUAAGCCGUUAUGUAUUAUUAGCUCACUUCGAUUUUAAGAUAAGAAAUAGAGCCUGGAUUUGUGUUGUGUAGUUGAAAUGGCCAGUUUAACAGUGUGAUUGAUUUUAGAGAAAAGGGUCAAAUAAGCCCACAUACUAACAAAAAGAAGGUCAAAUAAGCCCUUAUAUAGGAGGCUCUGUCCGGCCGUCGCCAUUUGGGGCGGUUCCCGGUGGAAUCUUUUGAUGAAUUUUUUUUAGCAUCUUACUCAUUAAGUCUAGUUUACUCAUACCAAAUUUCAACUAAAUCUUCAAUCGAGAAGGCAUUCAAAUGUAUUCUUGAAGAUAACUGCGGAAUUAGAAGCACAGUCAUCUUCACGAAUUCAUUUGAAUGCCUUCCUGAUUGAAUUGUUAACUGAAAUUUGGUAUGAGUAAACUAGACUUAUAAGAUGCUCAAAAAAUUUCACAGGGAAUUGCCCCAAUUGGCGGCGAUCGGACAGAACCUCCUAUAAGGGUUUAUUUGACCUUUUUUUGUUAGUAUGUGGGCUUAUUUGUCCUUUUUCCCUUAUUUUAUGAUAUGUUAAAAAAUCAAAGCGAAG